AGCCCAGGUUCUUCCACUCGUGCUUGACGCACGUGUUUUCUUCUUUCCGAACUUUUCAGUUCAGAGAAUUGAUUUCGAUAAAACGCGAUGUCAAAGCGCUGCUGGAACCGCAACCAGCGCUCGGUGUCCCUGCCCAGGAGCGAAUUCGUCGAAAUAAACCCCAUGAUGCCCGGCAGGAGCACCGCAGCUGAAGGCGCACGCGGGAGAGCAUCAUCCGGACCUCGGAUGACCGUGGAGACCCUGUUCCAUACUUCUCACUCGGCGAAGAAGGAGCGUCCACAGCAGGGUGCAAAACCCAUGGAAAACCGAGUUUUGAAGGAAAGCUCCACGUCUAAGAAUUCGCGUGAGAUGCCUUCUCUGCUACUCUCCACCAAGGGCAGGCCAGAUGGCACUUGGAAUAAUAUGAGAGCCAAGGAAAACAAGCAGCAUCGCAAAGAAGGGAGUCGCCACCUGGCUGCAACUUCCACGAUGCCCAAGAUGGAUGAGCUUGGACCCGACUGGCGAAAACCUUGGCCGAUCGGCGGUUUUUCUCGGAAUAAUCGUAGUAGCCCUCAGAUGUUCAGUACAGUUCCUUCGAAAAGUUCUGUUAACAUUUCAAGAGACAACAACAAUUAUCCCGAUUUAAAAAUAGAAGACACUGGGAAAAAGAGCCACACAGUCACAGGAAAGGCACCGAACACGCGUGCAGAAGAUCAAAGGUCAGGAAUGGUGGCCCAUCUAAGCGGUCUAAAUAGCAAGACUAAGCACACGAGGCUGAUGAGUACUUCCAAGCGCUGCAAAGCAGGUUCGGAAGAUUCUGUUUACCAUCAGACCCUGAAUGAUGUCAUCUCCCAGUGGGAUUGCCAGCCGUCGACCAGUAAAAGUAAUCCAUGCCAGAUUCCGAAGAUUCCGAAUCUGCCGUCCGGAUGGACAGCUUCGCCGAGCAAAGACGCGGACUUCCCUUUCAUGGCGGAUCUGGAAAAUAGGAUGGGGGUCGAAAGUCUGAUGCCCGAGCUGCUGACUCCAUCGCGCACCUCCCAGCCGCUGACAAAGAAUUCUCCGCCUUGGGACUUGUAUGCCUUGAUGGGCAACGACGACAAAUUUCCGCUUAGCAUCUGCACCGAUGAGAGAUCCAAAAAUGAUCCAUUGUGGGGCUCCACUUGCAUUAACUGGGAAGAAAGCAGCGGCAGGAACUUGGACUUGAACCACGUCUGCGAGAGGGCCUUGGGAAAAUUCCCAGGCCCAUCUGCUACUCCGGGAAACGUGGAAGAUUGGCAGGCCAUCGAGACUAUUUGCAUGCGUUUGAGGGGCUUCGAUAUGCCGGGCGACCUGGGUGUUCUGAUGGAACCUCCAUCCUUGGAUGAUGUACUCGAGGUUAUCGGGGACUUGGAGGCGGAGAACAAGAAGGAUCUGAAGAAUUAGUUGCAUAUAUGUGUAAAUCAUGCUGAGUAUAACUUCAGCCAAAGGAAAAAUGACACUAGAAAUACCAAAACUUUUUUUUUAUAAAUAUUUUUCAAAAUUUUUCGAAACGAGACACGUGAUUAUCCGCCGAUCUAUUUAAUAUUUGAGAAAAAUCUGUAUGUAAGAACCUGUGCAUUUCUAUUCCCCAAAACCAAUAGUGCUUCCAUACAACUGAUACAAAAAACUGGUGAAUUCUGCCAAGUUAGGCAAAUAUUUUAUACCAUUUCACUGACUCCCAGCAUUUUUCCCCAGCUUGUAACAAUAAAUACUGUGUGCAGCUGCAGCAACAAUAGCUGGGAAAAAC